AUGUCAAAACGGGUUUCUACCAACUCCAAUGGAGUCGCUGCGAAAGACGCAAGCUCAGAAGGCGGUAUGGAUAAGCAGAAGAUGUUGCUGUCCGCCGACGUGGGCCACUUCUCUCUGGUACGCGCCAUGCACCUUGCCGACCUCAUCACCCUCAUGAACGGCUUCUGCGGAACAAUGUCAAUAUUCUCGUCACUGCGGUAUACCUUGGGUGACGCGGACGAGUUGGGCCAAGUUUGGCUGGCCCUGGCCUUCUUGCCAUUCGGGUUCUUCUUCGACGCCUUUGACGGCAAGGUGGCUCGCUGGAGGAAGAAGAGCAGCUUGAUGGGCCAGGAGCUUGACUCCCUGGCCGACCUGAUUUCUUUUGGCGUGGCCCCCGCCAUGGUGGCCUUCACGAUCGGCAUGCGCUCUUUCAACGACACCGUCCUACUGACCUUCUUCGUACUCUGCGGCCUCACUCGUCUUGCGCGCUUCAACGUCACUGUCUCGACUCUCCCCAAGGACGCGACCGGCAAGAGCAAAUUCUUUGAGGGCACCCCCAUCCCGACAUCACUGGGCGUGGACGCCGUGAUGGCAUACUGGGUGUACCAGCGCUGGAUUCACCAGGACCUGCCUUUGGGUGUGUGGGCUGAGGGUACCGCUUUCGAGGUUCACCCAAUUGUGCUGGUGUUCGUCGCACACGGGUGCCUCAUGGUGAGCAGGACCAUUCGUAUUCCCAAGCCUUAG